AUGCCGACCUUGUCAGCAUCACCGCCUUACAGACGGGGUGUAUCGUUUGAUACUUUCGACACCGAAGAUGCGCCCUUCAAGCACUUCACCCUAAGCUUUGCACACAGUGAUUACGCUGCCGCCUCGGACCGUCGGGUGUUUCUUUGUGGCAUAGAUGGAACCGAGUCUUCCGAUCUCGUGCUCGACUGGGCUCUAAGCGAGCUUGUCGACGAUGGCGACGAGGUCGUCUGCGUCUACAGGGUUGAGAAGGAGUCGAUGUUUACUAGUUGGUCCCGCUCGAAAGGUGGCCGCCAUCGCAUCGAGGCAGAGAAGCUCCUCGACAGUGUCGUCAGCAAGAACACCCGUGACAAAGUCAUCAAAGUCGUCGUCGAGAUAGUGGGAGGAAAGACCUCUACCGUGAUUCAAUCCACAAUCAAUCUUUAUGAGCCCAGCGCUCUGGUCGUGGCAGCUGGCGAUGGGACCUCGUCUGAUGUACAGAAGAUGCUUUCCGGUUCUGUCUCAAACGGUUGUUGGCAGCAGCCCAUGGUGCCCGUAAUUGUUGUCCGAGCUGGAAUGGCUAGGCCUAGAAGGAAUCAGCAGCAACAACAACAUCAACAUCAACAACAGGACCAGGGACGACGAUGGUCCGACCAGAGGUCCCUAUCCAUCUCCCACUCUCUAAGCUCACAGGACAGCGCUGUGUCGACUCAGGAAAUGGCGAAAGGCACAGCCAAGGUGGGCGGCCAGAGUCACAGAGGAAUCUUGAAAAACAAACACGAAAGGCUCUUUAUCAAGAAUGAUUCGGGCAGCAGCGACGGAGAAGCCGACGAGACGUUGGGAGAAAAAGGAUUCAUCCUUCCAAUUGGGUUCUUAAGCACUGAGAGCGUCCCCAAGGCGGACCUUGCCCUUAAAAGCCCAACAAUCGCCGCGCUGGAAGAGGACUGGGAUGAUGAUGAGCUGGGCAUAAGCAGCCGCAAAGUGCAGCAACAAACGGUAAAGGAUCGAGGAGACGAUCCGGUGGUCUCGGACGAUGAAGACGGCCUAAAACCGAUGAGGAUUGUAGAGGAACGGCGUCCCUCGGUGCGAGAAACCACACCCUGGCUCGCGAGCAUCUUGAAUGCCACAGAGAAGAACCCUCGCGGACACAACCGAAAGUCUCGUGCCAAUAGUUAA